AAUGUUGCUGACCAAACCUGGACAUAUGUACUGUCAAAUAUAGGACGCUAAUAAAUGAAAUGAAAUGAAAUGAAAUCUUAUAAAUGAUCUUUACUUGUGGCGUAAAAAGCAGCGGCCGUAUCGAACAGAUUGUUUGUUUUGGCAAGUGCAGGAAUCCAGGAAUCCAGGCAGCUGUUCUAAAGAAGAUAAUGAUGUGUUGUUAAUGCUUUUUUCACAAACCAAGGAAGGUUUAAAUAGCAAUAUAUCAUUAAUAUAAGGGGGCGAUUGAUAUAUUUACAUAAAAAGAGGAUGAAGUGCUCUUUACUGAUAUCACAGAGCUUGAAAGAGUUUGUUAUUGAUAUUCUUUAGUGCGGAUUAAUCUUCUCCAUUUAUGUCUGUAUUUUAAAUUCAUCACGUAAACAUGGACAACCAAAACUGAAGCAAGCUAAAACUGCAGUGUUGCUUUGCGACCCAUUGCACAGUGGGGUGGAAGCAUGGACCAUGUGCGUCCUGUAUUGGCCGUACUUGUUCUGUCAGUGUCUGUGUGCUCUGGACUGUCGCAUCUGAAAUGUGGCAGCGACGAGCUGAAGGGUCACGUAGGGACUCUGAAGAGCCCCGGCUACCCGGACAAUUACCCCGACAAGAUUAGCUGUGCUUGGUACAUUCAUCUUCCUGAACGUUCAGUCCUGACUAUACAGGUGGAGGACCUGGACAUCAGGGGCAAGCAGGGCAGCCCGAGCCUGUGCGAGUACAACUGGCUGUCGCUGCCGCAGGAGAGCGACGGCAAGGGCGUGGGCUACCGCCACUUCUGCGGCCUGAACCAGACGGUGCCCAGCGUCCGGCUGACCAAGUCCCGGCUCGUGCUCAUCAAGUUCCACUCGUCGCAGGGCGCCGGAGCGGGCCGGGGCUUCAUCCUCACCUACACCCUGGAACCAAGCUGCAUACCGUACGCAGACGGCAGUGGCUGUCCCUUCUCAGAGCAGCCGCGGAGCUGCCGCGACAGCCUGGACCAGAGGCUCUGCCCCUGCGCCCUGUCGCAGAGCAAGUUCCAGUGUGACAACGGCCGGUGCGUCUACAACAGCCUGUGGUGCAACGGGGUGGACGACUGUGGGGACAACAGCGAUGAGCAGAGAUGCAUCAAGAACUCCAUCAUCACCGCGGGCCAUCAUCGGGCUCGCUGAUCUGCGGCCUGCUGCUGGUGAUCGCGGUGGGCUGCAUGUGCCGCCUGUACAGCCUCCGCCUGAGCUCCGCCCCGUACCGCGACGAGGUCCUCCCGGAGCCCGCCCCCCCCGCCGGACCAGUUCUUCCCCCGGGAGCCCCCCGGCCCGCCUACGCCGUGGCCGUCAGCGAGACGCAGCAGCUGCAGAGGAUCCCCCCCCCACGGCCGGGCGCUCGCAGAGACGGCGCCCCGCCCCCCGCCCCCCGCCCCCGCCAAGCAGGAG